GAUCCGGUCCGCAAGUCAAGUGGGAGUGGUCCUGGAGAGCAGCUCGAGGGAGUAUCAGAAUUUGAGACCUCACAGAAUGAUGUUUGAUUUCUUCUGGGCACGAGCAAAGUUCCAUGGCUCGGUCUGAUGGAGUUCCAACAAAUUGUCCAGUACAGAUAGCGAGCAGAUCACGAGCUGAUCCUGCGAUUUUGAAACUGUCACAGCGGGCGGAUAUGGUAUCACACACGUGGGGCUCCAUUUUUCUUCUAUUACGCUGGGGCCUUCAGAUUACGGGCUGGAUUUCUGGAGCACAUACAUUUCGUCGGAUUUGAUGUGAUGCAAUGCAAUGCAAUCAUUGCGGUGGAAAGUGUUGAAUCAAACUCAUCUUGAACUUAUAGAUUGAACUUAUAGAUAGAAAGAUAUACGAAGGCUCCAAGCUGCACCGCGAUCCUUGUGUGCUGCCUUUUCAGAUUACAAAUUUCAGAUUCCUUUGGGAUAGCACUAUAUGGCAUAUAAUUCCUGACGUCUGAUAUCUCAGAUGAGCAGCACAUGAAUAGUCCCUGCUAGACAUUUCAUGAUGCAUGCUGGAUUCUUAUGGAAUUCAUCAGAAGAAUAGCACUCAGCUUUACGAAUCUCGCUGCCUCCUUGUGCGAUAGGAAGAACGUUUGGCUCGUCGGAUUUGCGAGCAAUGUGGAGACAAAUCAGUCCAAACAUUGGAGCCACGUCUCCUCUCCUCGUGCUUCAGGCAAGGAAACGAUGCAGCCGUCACGAGCGACGAGGUGCCUGACCAUCUCCCAUUUGAGGACGAUGCAAAGGUGAGACUAGCAUGUGCUGAAGAUUCUCAAUUCUUUCUGCAAUAUGCCAUUUUGCUCUAGAGACAAUUUCCUACAAGAAGUUAUAAAUUACUUAUUAUGGAACUCAUCGAAUUACG